UUCGUGUAUUUUGCUGACUCAUAUCCUGGACUCCCAAGAAGCGCAAAGGAGAAGGAGAAAGGUUGGAUGAAAAUAUCGUGCUAACUCUCUGGUAUUGCUGAGAUACUAACUUUUCUUUUUUGGGGAAGUGCCUCCUCCAUGGAGGAGCUCAGACCUACUCCAGGGCCAGUAAGAACGUCAGUCUUUCCAGAGGGUUUCUCCUUUAUUUUUUCAUGCAAGUUGAUCGAUGAACUUAAAGGUGCCCCGUUGGAAAACCAAGGGCAGGUGACUUUCUUGUAACAACAAGCUUUCCUAUUGGUGCAAACAACCCUUAUUUAAACGAGAGGCACGUCAGCCUAUUGGAUGGCAGUUGCUGGCAGGAAUGGAAGUCAGCCUCAUUUGGGGAUUUAAGCCCAAUCUGGAGAUGUACAAGAGGACUGUUGAAGGUUUCUUCUUCCAUGUGUGGCUGUGACAAAUUGAGCGCCCACUUGAUUUGCCUCCAAAAUGAUGGCUCCUUUCAGAUAGCAAGGAAUGACCUUCACAGAUCAGCUUUGUUUGUUGAUUCGGAGUAGGAACACAGUGCUCUAAGGAUGCCCAGGAGAGGAUUAAUGUUUCAAGCCAGAACGCGAUGGCUUUUUGUCGGGCUGGCUUUGCUGUUGAGUCUGUUGCUGAUCAUGUAUCUCCUGGAGUGCGCCCCGCCGACCGAAAGCAACCGAUCACUUCCUGGCCUCAGAGGAGGGGAUCACUUCGGUAAGGAGCAUUACCAAGCCCUCCUCCAAGAGCAGGAGGAGCACUACCAAAACAGGGCUGCCAGCCUCAAGCGUCAAAUUGCCCAGCUGAAGCUGGAACUUCAAGAGAUGAGUGAGAAAUUGAAGCUGUUGCAGGAUAAGAAAAACCCCAAAGUCCAAAGCGUGGGCUCUCCGGCUGUCAAGGAGCAAACCUCCAACGACCUGUUAGAGUACCUGCAUUCUCAGAUUGACAAAGCGGAAGUGAGUGCCGGUGCCAAGCUGCCCAGCGAGUACGCCGCCAUUCCUUUUGAGAGCUUUACUUCCAUGAAGGUCUACCAGUUGGAGAUGGGACUCACCCGCCACCCGGAGGAGAAGCCUGUCCGAAAAGAUAAGCGAGAUGAGCUGGUGGAAGUGAUUGAGGCCGGCCUAGAGGUGAUCAACAAUCCAGACGAAGAAGGUCAAGAGGAAGAAGACGGAAUCGGGGAGCGGCAGCUUUACAGUGAAAGCGAUUUUGUAGAAGGUUAUUACCGCACGGAGAGAGACAAAGGCUCCCAGUAUGAAUUGUUCUACAAGAAAGCGGACGACAUGGAAUACAGGCAUGUUUCGCUCUUUCGUCCAUUUGGCCCCCUCAUGAAAGUGAAGACGGAGACCGUGGACAUCUCCCAGUCAUUGAUCAAUAUCAUCGUUCCUCUGGCAGAAAGGACAGAGGUGUUUGCCCAAUUCAUGCAGAAUUUCAGGGAUGUUUGCAUUAAUCAGGACAAGCGAAUUCAUCUCACUGUGGUGUAUUUUGGGCAGGAGGGGCUUUCUGAGGUCAAAAGCAUCUUAGAAUCGGUUGCAAGAGAGGCUGACUUCCAUAACUACACUCUGGUUUCUCUGAAUGAGGAAUUCAACCGUGGCCAAGGACUGGAUGUGGGUGCCCGUGCUUGGGAAAAAGGGGAGGUCUUGAUGUUCUUCUGCGAUGUGGAUAUUUAUUUCACGGCUGAAUUCUUGAACAGCUGCCGCCUGAAUACAGAACCAGGCAAGAAGGUUUUUUAUCCGGUGGUUUUCAGCCUUUAUAAUCCUGCCAUUGUCUAUGCUAAUCAAGACGGGCCACCUCCAGUGGAACAGCAACUGGUCCACAAAAAGGAUUCUGGGUUCUGGAGAGAUUUUGGCUUUGGGAUGAUGUGCCAGUAUCGAACGGAUUUCUUGGCCAUUGGAGGUUUUGAUCUGGAAGUCAAAGGGUGGGGCGGAGAAGACGUUCACCUCUACCGGAAGUACCUGCACAGCAACCUGAUGGUGGUUAGGACCCCAGUGCCGGGCCUUUUCCACCUCUGGCAUGAGAAGCACUGUGCCGACGAAUUGACUCCCGAGCAGUACCGCAUGUGCAUCCAGUCGAAAGCCAUGAACGAGGCGUCUCACUCGCACCUGGGCAUGCUUGUAUUCCGGGAAGAGAUCGAGACCCAUCUGCGCAAGCAAGCCUACAAGACUAACAGCGAAGCCAUUGGCUAGAACGAUCUUCGGGGCAACCUUCAGACUCCGUCACUGCUACGAACCAAGUUUGGUUUGGAAGAGCCUUAAUUAACUCAGCUUACAAACAUACAGUGCCUCUCCUCCCCCUCUCUCUCUUUCUCUCUCUGAGUCGAAAGAUUUCUUUCUGCGGCCAGGUAUCGCCAAGAACCUCGCCAGAGGAGCGUUCACCCAAUGGAAGUCUUUCCCUUCACUUUCGACAAGUCGGACGUUGCGCGUGGGGUGGGCCGGGCUGGGCCAGGACGAAGAAGAAGACAGCACACCUGUUGCGUUUUCCACUUUUCAUAGCUUGGGUUCUCUCACCUGCAUUCCGCGAAGGUAUGGAUCGCCCUCUCCCGUUUCCCGCACUAGUUCUGCAUUCUUCCUUUCCUUCUUCUUUUUUUAGAACCGACACGGUACGUUCGCCCUUCGAUGGGCCCUUCGAUGGGAAGAGGCAGAAGGGGGUGUGAUUGUACCGACUGACAUAUCAUUGCAGCUGGAACUGCUCAGUUUGCCUUAUCAGGAACAUCCAUCCACUUGCAAAUAAAUAAAUAAAUCGAGAUGUUGAGUUUCUAAAAAUAAAAAAUAAAAGACCGUCGAAGAGUUUAUGAUACAGUCGCCGUGCGGUACUUGAGUGGAUUGUACACGAGUUGAGCUUUAUAUACUGUUUGCUUAUCCUAGUUCCUGGCCAAUUUUUUCUUUUUCUUCUGAAUGUUUGGUGACCUAGAACAAGCAAGGGUUUAAAUAGUUCAAUCCAGAUCCUCUUGGCUCUUCAGAGGAAAGUCGUAGCGUUUCCGUCCCUGGACCGAGGUGGAGAGCAUCAGAAAAUUACCCUGAAAGUUAGAAAGAAGACAACUUGCUAACUAUCUCCUUUUUAUAUUUCUUAGCUUUGGGCGCACAAGUCCAUCUAUUCAGGAUGAAUUGGAAUGAACAUUAGUGGCAGAAAAGUGGAAUUAUGCUUUCUCUCUCUCUCUUUUUUAAAAAUUUAUCCAUUUCAAACAGGAUUUGUCAAAGAGAGGCCCAGAAUUCUCCCAACAAAUUCCUGGAUAACGAAAAGAAGACAGGGUUGGGAUAUUUUCUUGGUCUGAAUCGCCGUAUACUAUUCCGGCUCAUCCCUUUUUAACACAUAGUUUGCUUUUUCUAUAACAUUGUGGAGAACGCAUAUUAUUUAUCUGACUUGGAGAGAAUGUCACGGGGCUUGUUGUUGUCAUGUCUUUAUAAAUAAAUUCAAUAUUCCUCUCUUUUAAUAUUUGACUGGUUUCUUCCUUGGAACUCAGCCCGGGGGGACGGGGGGAGAGAAUAGGGGGAAAGAGAAGCAGCUACACCAAAGAACUCCAAAUUGUGAGGAGUUUGUGAGGCCAGUAUGGAGAAUGGGCUGUUGUGAGCCUUCUGAACAAAUGGGUUGCUUGUAAGCUCACAGUAAAGGAAUGUUUUUUUAAAAAAACAAAUAAAUUUUAUUAAUUUUCUAUUAAUUACAUUCC